GUCGAAACCAGAAGUCGGAAGCCCCUGAUCAGCUUUCGCACCCGCGGAGUUAACACUUCUAAUACACAAGAGAAAAAAGGGGAUCACAGGAGUAGAAAACCCCUGCUGCGAAGUCCAGAUGGAAUCCAAACCAACAAAUGACGCAGGAAUCUAUUUGGAGGUGGUAAAUGGAGAAGCUCCUGCAAAACAACAAACAAGCCUUGAGUAUCAAGGUCCCGCUACCAAGAAAAAUCCCUUAUCACCAAUAGAUCCUGCACAUUCAGACAAAUUUCUUCAACUUCGGCGAAUGUUGUGGAUUGUUACUGCUGUGGCUUUCAUUUCUCUCGUGACUUCUGCUGCAACUCUCAUCUUAGCUUUGAGAGUGAAAAAUUCUCAGAAUGUUUCGACUUCCCCUACGAUUGUAAAGCACGAGGUAAGAGAAUCGGCACUAUUUUUAGAUUCGUGAAUUCCUAGUCUUCCUCCGGUGAUGUAUACUAUUACGCUCGGAGAAAGUCGAGGGAAACACAAGGACUCGGGGAAAACAAAACUAACUGGUUUCGCGAAGGGCCUGACAUUAAGUGUUUUGUUAUACCUCUAGACUUUCACUUCAACAGCCACAAAAGAAUAACCGGGGCGAAUCAAAACAGUCGACUCGGUACUUACAGCAACACAAAGUUAAUUCUUAAAACCCGGCUGAAUAUGAUUUACAAAGUACUUUCCUUAUAUUAUCUGCAUCUUUAUCGUCCACAAGCGGCUGUUUCUCUUCUGGGAUAACUUUGAAACUCGUUGCGUCUCUAGCUUGAGGCUUACGCCACUUUGCACCAUGCUUUGAUCACGUGCUGUAAUGUAUCCCGCGCGAUCGGACGAUCGGGAUACACAAAAAUCAACCACUGGUAGUCCCUGUUUAGUCGAGAGAAAGUCUAGGAAUAUAACAAAAUUAAAGCAUAUGUUAUCUUGGUAAAUUACUUUGCUCAUUUCAGUAUUACGAGAAUUUUCUUAUGCUACUACGGCUAAAUUUAGGAAAGAUGCAACCGCUUUGGUACACAAAGAUAUUUCAGUAAUGGUGUGAGCAAAAGGAAUUUUGGCAUUUUGAAAUUUUCCAAAUAGGAAAACAAAACUUUAUCGUCGGCCCGAUUUUCUCGAGUUUCAAUGUAGUUCCUUUCUGCCCGUCCUUUGUCAAACUGAGACUAUUUCUAAGGCCUGGAAUAAACACCACAAGAUUUCACGGGCUGCAGCAAAACAAUCCUACACAAGUUUUUUCCUAGUCAGUCCCCGGCCUCGGGGCUGGUGUAUUCGUCGUCAGGUAUAUCAUGUACUGCCCACCCCUUUUACCUGAGGACUUUCACAAUGAGAAAACUAUCAGAAUUCAAAGAAACAGUGCUCUUGAUUCCUUUUCAAUUUCCCAUGAAUUUACAGCUAAAACGUUUCUGUCUGUGCGACAAGAACCAGUCAAGUACGAAUUUGAAGUGAUUGUCAGAAUGCCUUGUUGGCCACGAACUAGCACAGAAUUUAAAUUUGGUCACACUGUACUUCCGAGAAAACUGUGUAGAAAUAGAUGUGGACAUAGUAAAAAAUAUAUAUAUAAUGGUAAACUUUCUCUGUUUAAAAUCUACUAAUUAAUGAAGGAUCUCAGUCUCCGAAAAUCUAAUGGCCCAUUUUUUUUUUAUAAUCUAAAAACUUUCAAUUUUAAGGCCUUUUUUCACAUGCAAAUGAGGUAUACCUCAUCCAAAAUGCCAAAAGUAAAAAUCAUGUCCUGUUUUGCCACACUUGGUCCUAGCCAGUUUCAGUUGCUCAUAUUUACCGGUAGAACUCUUAUCAUGGCGGUCUUAUCAUGGCGGUCUUGUAACCUGCCACUUUUAGUAUCCUCUGAGAUCAGUAAGAUUGUACGUAUCGUAAACAACAUCAUUUGUCCAUCCCUUUUAGGGACGAAAAAACUGGCAAAUCAACUCGAGGAGAUUAAGAUCCAAAACACGUGAGGAUUGUUUCAAUAAGCUAAGAUACUGGGGCACCCAAUGGAUCUGUUCCUCAAAAUAUCUGUUCUUCAGGCAAUUUUUCGCUGGCUGGGAGAUUUGGAAAACAUAAUAUGUCCUUGAAAGGUGAAAUUGUUGCUGGGAAAUAGACAGUUCAGGAUGUCUGAGGGGAUUUGGUUCUUUGGUGUCUCGAAUAGCUGGUAUGUGCUAUUUCUGAGACCCACCGCCAACCACCCCUCCCCCCACUACCCCCACUGAAGGGCUGAAAUUUCCCUAUGUCCACAAACAAACUGGCCAGUAAUGUCUGGACUUUCGUUUGCUGGGAAACUUCCCAGUAAGUGAGGUUGGAGGUUGUAGGUGCACUUUGCUGGCUGGGAACUCUUCCAUCAGUCUUGCUGGGAGUGAGGAACAGAUAAAUUUUUCCCAGCAAUCUCCUAAAAUGCUUAAAAUGGUUUCAGAAAGCUUGUUCAUGCUUUGUUGCUGUUUUUACGUUCUUUUUCUGAAAAUUUCCCGUUGGGUGCUCCUGUGUAUUGAUGUCAGUUAAGAAUUUAACUGGAAGAAAUUUGUGCUCGCUCUUGCUGUUGAAACAGCGCUAACAUCAAAUCCAGAUUUGUUUUUGUCAAAGUUGUCACAACGCCUUUUGAUAGCUGUUAAAACGCUUUUUUUUUCAACAGCUACAAAACGCAACCGUUAGACUUGAUCAACAAGACGUCAACUUGAAGUUGCUCUUGAGUGAAAUUAACAGCACCCUCUCCUUAAAAGUAAAGCUGAUAUUGCCUUACAAAUAUAUGGCUUUCCCCGUAGACCUGCUCUCAUUUUGUUCAAUUUUACAGCUAUAAGUAUAGUUUUCCGAGGGGAUGACGAGUGGACCAAAAAAAAAAGCUGGGCUUUUUGUUAAUCAAGGCACUAUCACUGUGUCGUAAUGUAGAAUCAAUUUUUUACACACUCUGUUAGCGAGGCUUUAAAAAUGGAGGCCCCAAUUUUCAUAGCAAAACAACAUAAUCGGCAUAUCUUUUACGCAACAAUGCAAGUGGCCUCGAGCCGGGUAACUUAAAUAUGUGGAUUUUUGUAGUUGUUGUUUUUUUUUCCUUAUUGGUUUUCAUCUUUCUAAUGACCUGUGCAAUGUAUGGAAACGAAGCACAUAAAGAAAAGAUAAAAAUUUACGCAUUUCUUUUCAGGUAGAGAAUGUCAGCAAACUACCGGGCCCAGUCGGCCCUCCUGGAGUAAACGGUUCCCGAGGCCCGAUGGGUCCAGAAGGACCCCAAGGAUUCAACGGAUCCCAGGGUGCAAUAGGUCCUCAGGGAUUUAACGGCUCCCAGGGGUUGAUUGGACCACAGGGUCCCCAGGGUGCUGGGGACUUCUCUUUGUGUAAAUACAUGACCGAGUCUUCAACGGGACGUCAGUCGCCAGUAAGAAGCCUUUCCCCUGGCGCUGGUAUUCAAGUAAUUCUCGGGGAACCAAAUGUAAGUUUAUGAUCAUUGUUGUUAUUAAUUAUAACGAUUAUCAUUGUCAUUAUUAUUAUUUAUUAUUAUUAUUAUUAUCAUUAUUAUUAUUAUUAUACUUUUGUGGGUUUUAUAGGUGUUUGCGCUCAUUCAGUGAGUAUCAGUAGUUUGUUUAUCAACUUCAAAUACACUCGUGCAUUCAAACUCUACUUAAAAAUUGUCUAAUACUUCUUUGAUUUGGAUAACAGAAAAUGCUCCUUUGAGAUAAUAUAAAAUCAAGAUAAUAUAAAAUGCUCAAGCUAAAGAGGUUUAUAUGCAGACGUAGUGACCGGAAAAAAAACUUGAAAUAUCCCACGUGCUACCCGCCGCUCAUCGCACAAUAUGCAACGAGUUUCUACAUUUCUAAUUGGCUGUAUUCUUUAUGGGAUAUUAAUAAUGAUGAAAGCUGGCAAUAACUUAAGUUUGCCCCAUCAUUCGCUUUAGGCAUAGUUAUUUAAAGCCGUCCUUAUGGUAUAUGCAUAAGUUUAUUUAUUUAUUUAUUUAUUUAUUAUUUGUUUUUUGCUCUCAACACUCAUGGCUAAUUUGGUCCUUUGUUUGUUCAUUUUAUUUUUGUGCGUAUAUUUCCCUUUAGAGAAGAACAUGUUUUUCAUUUUUAUUCUUCCAGGACAAGAGAAUAGUUGGUGUGUCAUGCUCCACGAACCGAGCCCAGAUGUAUCUUCUUUCAAGCGGAAUCAACCCAUCCAACGGUCAACGGUUUUAUUACUGUGACUGUUUUGGACAUUUUGGCUCUGGUUGGCAGUCUGUGACUUGUUUUAUGUCGUACUGGCUUUGCCCUCUUUCAACAUAAUACUCAAGACAUACCAUCUAUCUUAGAUAAUCACACGAAUUUCAAGAGUAAUUUGGAAUACGUAAGCACAUAACUAAGUUAAGACCGUUCACGAAGCUAAGCCACCAUGGAUAAAUGGAUCCUCUUUUAAAGAACUUUAUUCGAAAGUAACAUUGGCCUUGUCUUCGAUUAACCCAACCAAGACACAGGAACCGCUCGGCUUCCCUGGAUGGCUCUUAAAAGGGGAACGCUCGGACAUUUUGGCUACGCGCCCACCAGGGACAGGAGAGAAAAUUUUAAUGCCCAUAACACAUUAGCUCCCCAACUCUGGUUAUUAAUAAUCAGAGUAAGUUUUGGUCUUCCUUCAGAACGAAAACCAAUAAAUGAUCAACUCAAUAUAUCUGAGAAUGGACACUCGGGACCGUACUUCGUGGUGUUUCUGAAGAUUUUUUUCUGAAUAUAUAUAUAUACUAGAGGGUUUAAGCAUCGCGUUUACGGCAAACGACAAACAUGAAUUUGUACCGCGUGACCAAGUUUUCCAUUUACUUAUCGUUUACUCUUCAUUAUAACUACACGAAAAUCGGUAGAUUCACGCCAAUUCUAUCCAUAAGAAUUGUUUUACUCUGUUUUUAUCUGCUCAUUUCUCAUUUUGAAAAUUUCUCAACUUGAAUCUCACGUUUGCCGUUUGCCCUAAACGCAAUGCUUGAUCUCUGUACUACCAAAAUUCUUCUAACACCGGCUCUAAUAUUGGAAGCUGAGAUAAACUCAAUCUUCUUUUUUUGUUGUUGUAAAUUUGAUCCCAGUCCCUAGCUUUAAAAUGAAAAAAAAAUCAAAAAAUCACUUUGUAAAUAUCUUUGUUUAAAAGUAACAGAAAUUUUACUAAUAUAACAUUGAGUUUUUCAAAAUUAAAUUUAUGGUGGUUCUUGAACUCUUUAAGUUUUCACAAUCAAAUGUUUUACAGUUAAUUUAUGCCAACAACUUUUAAAUUCUUGCAUCUCCUCUGUUAUAGUGACAUAGUGUUACGCGUCAGUGUAUGUAAAAUGAUACUUAGCAAUCUAUUCUGGAAGAAGUAAGCUAAAAUUGUAGGUAUAUCAAUAUUUAACUUUAAGUUUAUUGCAAAACAGUACAAGUGUAACUUACCGAAAUUAAAAUCCUUGUAAAUAGUUAAUUAUCCUACUAGUUGUAAAUGCAUUCUGUAUAACAAAUAUAAGGCAUUUAAGUAAGC